UAAUCGUCACAAAAAGUAAAAACAUAUGGAAGAAUAUACAUAAAUUUAUUUACAUUUUUCUAAAAAAAAUUUUUGAUUGUUUAUACGUCUAUAUAUUGAAAAAAUAUGAGUAAUUCCGCAUUAGCCAGCUUAACAGCACAAUAUACUGAUUCAGAAAAUGAAGACGAUCAGCAGGAAUCUCCGGAUUCGCAAAAUUCACAGGCGUCACAGGUUAUCAUACCUCCAUCUAGGCAUACACCACAACAGACUCCAGAGAAACGCGAAAAAGAUGGAUUAGAUAUGAAAGAAAGAAAAUAUAGUAAGAAAAGGAAGUCUAAAAAAAUUGUAAAACGUUUGGUAAGUUAUCAAGACGACACCAUCAUUUCUGAUGAAGCGGAAGGUGAAGAAGAAGAGGAAGAAGAUGAUUACAAUGAGGAUGACGACGAAAGGUUAUCAUCAGAUUUGGAUGACGAACAAGAUCAGAGAAAUAAUUCAGAAUUCAAGAGAGCUACCCAAAAGCGUAACGAAAGUCCUAUAGUUGUGGAUGAUGAUUCAUUUGAUCCUUCCAAAAAAGUUAGCACUCAUAGUAAAUCUGACAAAUAUGCAAAAUACGCAAAAUACAGUUUUGCAUUACCGCCAGAUCCAAGAGGAAAACCGUUGCCAGAAUUGUCUGAUAAAAUCCAACAACUGUAUGAGAAAAUGGAAACCAACAAUAUGGACAUGAACCGUAUUAUCCAGCAACGUAAAGAGUUUCGAAAUCCUAGUAUCUACGAAAAACUUAUACAGUUCUGUGACAUAAAUGAGUUUGGCACAAACUAUCCACCCGAAAUAUAUGACCCUCUUCAAUGGGGCUCAGAAAGUUUCUAUGAGGAAUUAGCUCGCGUACAAAAAAUAGAAAUGGUUAAAAGACAGAAGGAAAAGAAAGAUACCGAUAAGAUUGAGCAGGUUUCGGCAUUGGCACGCAAAGUUGAGGAGGAAGCAAAAAAGAGAAAAUCCAAAUGGGAUCAACCAGCCACUUCUGUCAAACCUGUUGUGCCGCCCACUCUAACAACUACCGUCACAGGAACAAAAGGUACUGUCAUUUCAGCAUUCGGAUCGUUACCUAAGAAGCCAACCGCAUAAUUAUAUAUGCAUCAAAAUAAUAUACAUAUAUUAAUAAAAUUCAGUUCAUAAUUUUAAA